AUGACGGGUGGGUCUUCAUUUAUUGUUAGUGCUCCUGGGAAGGUUAUUAUAUUUGGAGAGCAUUCUGCCGUGUAUGGGAAGCCCGCAAUUGCAGCCGCGCUUAGUUUGAGAUGCUACUUGUCGGUAUCACCUUCAAAGGAUGAUAUAAAUACAAUUAGGUUACUAUUUCCCGAUAUACAACUAGACCAUUCUUGGGAUCGAAGAAGCUUACCGUGGGAUGUUAUCAAAAAGCAUGUUCAGUUAGACUCUCGGGGCAAACCGCAGCCCCCCUCUGAGCUUGUUCCUGAACUUGUGGACUGUUUAUCGCCAUUGUUGAAAGGUUUCACAAAUAAGGUCCAGCAUAUUGCUUGUUUUUGUUUCCUUUACUUAUACUCAUGCUUAUGUAAUGAUAAAGUUAGUGGGAUGACGUUUGUUGUUAGGUCAACCUUGCCAAUUGGUGCAGGUUUGGGUUCUUCCGCGUCGACUUCAGUGUGUCUUUCGGCGGCAUUGGCCAAAUUGAGCAAUUGCAUCCAAGACCCCCAAUUCUUACAAAAAGAGUUGGUGCUGGAGGCAGAUAUUGCAGAAUUGGAAUUUAUUGACCAAUGGUCGCUCAUUGGGGAAAAGUGCUUCCAUGGAAACCCUUCGGGAAUCGAUAAUGCCGUUGCUACUCACGGAGGCGCGGUGAUGUUUCAAAGAACAUUUGCAUCCAAUCCUGAAAACUCUUUGUCAUCUAGAACCAAUAUCAGAAACUUCCCAGCAAUUAAGUUGUUAUUGACAAACACAAAAGUCCCCAAGAGUACCGCAGAACUAGUCAGCGGAGUCGCUUACAUGAAUAGUGAAUUUCCAGAAAUAACCGGCUCAAUUUUAGAUUCUAUGGAUCAUUUGGCACAAAGAGCUUAUGAGACUAUGAUACACAAGGAUUUUGGCAAGAAUGAAGCCGCGAUAUUGCGUAAGCUAGUCAAUAUAAACCAUGGUCUACUUGUGGCGUUGGGUGUGUCACAUCCAGCAUUGGAGACUGUUAAAAUUGUUAGUGAUAGGCAUAAGCUCGGUGCAACUAAAUUGACAGGUGCCGGCGGUGGUGGGUGUGCCAUUACUUUAGUCAGUGAAGACGCAGACGAAGCAGAUAUACAUAACGCUAUGAAUGAGUUAUCAGAAGCAGGGUUUGAGAGUUUUGAAACCGCUUUAGGUGGCAAGGGGGUUGGAAUGUUAUUUAUGGAUGAUGUUACGAAUAACAAAGAUACUCUUGCAGCAAAACUAUUCAGCAACUACGAAAGUCCCUUUGAUAUAGAAGAUGCCGCGAUUAUUGAAAACAUCCCACAAUGGAGGUUUUGGUGA